GCGCCCCUGCGUCCGCGGCCCCGCCGACCUGGGGCAGAGCCGCCUGGGCCGCGCCGGCGCCGAGCCGCAGCUGCGGGAUGGGCCUGAGCCCGGCCGCCCCCGGGAAGAGCAGGCUCCGCCUCUCCCGCUCCCCCGGGCCCCGCCCCAAACCCGCGUCCGGAGCCGCAAAAAUAUCCUCUCAAGCGUUGGUCCAGCUCUCCCCCAAGCACCUGCAGCAGGGAACCUCAGAACUGGACAGAAGCGUCCAGGAGGGGGAGGAGCCCGGAGUUAACUUGGAGACCACACCCGACCAGAAAAGAGCAGAGUCACAUUCAACCCCGAAGCCUGAGAGUGCAAGCAAGUUAGCAAAGCAAGCCGCCAAGAGCAAACCAAGACCCAGACCUGGAGACCUGAUUGAGAUUUUUCGCAUCGGCUAUGAGCACUGGGCCAUCUACGUGGAAGACGACUAUGUGGUCCAUCUGGCUCCCCCGAGUGAGGAAUUUGAGGCCGGCAGUAUCAGUUCCAUCUUCAGCAACCGGGCCGUGGUGAAAUACAGUCGCCUGGAGGACGUGCUGCACGGCUGCUCUUGGAAGAUCAACAACAAGCUGGAUGGCACGUACCUGCCCCUGCCCGUGGACAAGAUCAUCCGGCGCACGAAGAAGAUGAUCAACAAGAUGGUGCAGUACAGCCUGAUUGACAGGAACUGUGAGCACUUCGUCAACGACCUCAGAUACGGUGUGUCCAGGAGCCAGCAGGUGGAACACGCCCUGAUGGAAGGAGCGAAAGCUGCCGGUGUGGUUCUUUCAGCUGUGGUGGACAGCAUACGGCUCAAGCCUGGCCCUGCCUGAAGGUGCUGGAAAUUCCAGGCAGAGGAAGAACGGCUGCCACCAGCAAGGACAAUCACAGCCCCUUUCCUCCCCUUGCCUUCUCUCGCCAUAGCUCCUCCCGAGAAAAUCGGGAGCUUCUGGAGGAAUCCAGAGUGUAUCCAAUUACCCCUCCAGAAAUAUAUCCAAUAUAUGUGAUCAUA